AUGGAGAAGCACGCACCGCUUCCACCUGCGGCGCUGGGCUGGCGGUGUGGGGCUCUCGGCGCUCUGCCCGCAGCUGUCCCCACUGCGGGUUUGUCCCACCGACGGGCACAGCACGGGGACGGCCCGCGCUGGACCACCCCGCCUACGGGGCAGCCCCGCUCCAAAGUCACCCCUCCAACUCCGUCACAGCUGUCACUGCGCGGCACGGCGACACGGAGCAGACAGAGCGCAGCGCGUCCGACCCUUUUUUCUUCUAGGAACCCCCCGGGGGCACUGAAGCGGCGGAGCCGCCCGCUGCUCGCCCCUGCGGGCCCGCGUGGCCCCGGCCAGGAUGUUUUCUCUUUUAAUGCUUCACCGCCCGAUUUCUCCCGGCCGGAAGAAGUCAUUCAUCUCCACGGAGCGUUUGCAAAGCUCCCGCCCCGGCAGCCACCUGCAGCCCCGUUCCCCGCCACCCACCCACGCCUGUGCGCGCACAGCCCCCGGCCCCGCACCGCCCCUCCAGGCCGCCCCCACCGCCCCGACCCGGCGCCCGGCUCCGGCACCCACAGCUGCGGAGGCCCCGCGGCCCCGGGCCGCUCCCCCCACCCCACGCCGGGCAGAGCCGCACGGCGACACCCGGAGCAGCAGCCCCUCGGCGCGGCGCUCCGUCCCUCACUCACCUCUGCGCCGGGCGGGCAGCGGGAGGGCGAACGGAGCGGCCGCUGGCGGCGAGCGAGGCGCGCUGAUGUCAGCCCGCGGCUCCGCCCUCCUGCCCAUGUGCCGCCGGCGGUGCGGAUCGGCCUGCCCGGCCCGGCCCGGCCCGGCACGCCCCGGGGGUACGGCUCGGCGUACCGCGGCCCGGCGCAGCAGCGGGGGAUGCGGAGCGCGCACCCUCCGGCCCCGUCCCCGCCGCAGCCCCCGCGCCGAGGCGAAGCGCCGGGCACCGCGGCGGACGUGGGAGCCGUUCGGAACAGGAGUCCUUAA